UAGACAUAGAGCAGCCCGUUUCUCAAGCCAUGUCUUCCAUCGGCUUUGACCCUUAUUUCCCUUCUUCUUACAAGAGGAAGGUGGUUGUACGCAGUGCAGGAUAUGGAGCUGGAGGAGGAAUAGGAUCAAGGUCUGUCUACUCCACCCACUCAGCCCCAGUAACUUCCUAUGCAUCUUCACGCAGAAGUUAUCCAACACACACCCGAGCUAUUUCCAGCUACUCCUCCGUGCUGUCUGCUCCAGUGUCUGCAGCUGCCGCUGAGCUUCGCCUUGACCAAGCAGCCCAGGUCAGCUCUGAGUUCAAAACAUUAAGGACCGAGGAGAAGGCUCAACUGCAGGACCUGAAUGACCGCUUUGCCAACUUCAUUGAGAGGGUCCAUGAACUGGAGCAGCAGAACAAGUUGCUGGAGACUGAGCUCCUCCUGCUCAGGCAGAGGCAGACGGAGCCAUCCAACCUCCGGGCCCUGUAUGAUCAUGAGAUCCGCCAGCUCCGUGCUGCUGUAGAAGAAGCCCGCCAUGAGAAGCAGGCAGCCCAGAACCACAAGGAUGAGAUGGAGAAUGUGUUUAAUAACCUGCUAAAGCGCCAUGAGGAAGAAGUGCUUGGCAGAGAAGAAGCAGAGGGCAGGCUCAUGGAUGCCAGAAAGGGAGCGGAUGAAGCUGCGCUGGGCCGGGCCGAGUUGGAGAAAAGAGUCGAGAAUCUGCUGGAUGAGUUGGCCUUCCUGAAGCGCCUCUGUGAGAGUGAGAUUGCAGAGCUGCAGGCCCAAAUCCAGUACAGUGCAGAGGUGUCAGUGGAAUUGGAGGUCGCCAAACCUGACCUAUCUGCUGCUCUACGUGACAUCCGAGUCCAGUACGAGAAACUGGCACAUCGCAACCUUCAAUCCGCUGAAGAGUGGUUCUGCAACAAGGUGAAUGUGAUGACAGUGAGCGCCUCUCGCAACACAGAGAGCGCACGCAACACCAAAGAUGAGGCUGCAGAGUACCGCCGGCUCCUCAAUGCUAGGACGCUGGAGAUUGACGCCUGCCGUGAGAUGAAUAAUGCUCUGGAAAACCAACUGCAGGACGUGGAGGAGAAACAGAGUGCUGAGAUCUCAGCACUGCAGGACACAAUAAGUCAACUGGAGGAUGAAUUGAGGGCUAACAAGAAUGACAUGGCUCGCUACUUGAAAGAUUAUCAGGACCUCCUGAAUGUGAAGAUGGCCUUGGAUAUUGAGAUUGCAGCCUACAGGAGGCUCCUUGAAGGAGAAGAGAAUCGUUUAAAUGUGGCGGCAACAGGCUCCUUCAGCGUUUACUCCCAAUCCAUGUUUGCUGCUCCAUCCUUUGGAAGAACACAGUUCUCCCUGCAGUCUCAGCUGAGCUCUGCAGCUCCGUACCUGCUGAGCUCCCGCUUGUAUACUUCAUCCCUCUCCACAGAGGAGACAAUAUCUGCAAGCCAGGCACAGCAGGCGGAGGCAGGCCCUCCUGAAGAGGAGGAGGAGGAGGAGGUGGAAGAGCAGGUGGAAGAGGAAGAGAAGGAGGAAGAGCAGGUGAAAGAGGAAGAGAAGGAGGAAGAGCAGGUGGAAGAGGAAGAGAAGGAGGAAGAAGAGGCAGAGGAAGAGCAGGGAGAAGAGAAGGAGGAGGAGGAGGGAAAGGAAGAACAGGGAGAAGAGGGCGGGGAAGAGGUGGAGGAAGAAAAGGAGGAGGAGGAAAAACAAGAAGAGGGAGAGGAAGGAGCAAAUGGAGAAGAGGGUGUGGCAGAGGCUGAAGAAAAAGAAGAUGAAGAGGGAGGUGGAGAGGAGAGCGCACCUCAAGAGGAGGAGGAUGCCAAACAGAAAGCGGAGGAAGGCGAUGAAGAGGGUGAGAAGGAGGAGGAAGAAACUGAGAAACAAGAGGAGACGGAGGCCGAUGAGAAAAACGGAAAAACAACAGAUAAAAAAGUCUAAAUUUAAAUGCUUAAAAAAAAAACCCAAAAACUGCUAGCAUUGUAGCUGAAGGAUGUCUUCUCUGGUGCUCUCUAAACCGAAUGAAAAUCUCUUGAAAUCCAGCAGUGACCACAGCAUGUACGCAAACUGUACCAGCGAAGAAACGAAACAAUAUAGAAGCUAAUGAAUAAAGAAUAAAGACAGGAAAUUUCUGGAGUAGAAAUUCUGCAUUAGGAACAUCUGUUUGCAAACACCUUUGUGCUUUACUGACACAGAUACAUGCCUGUAACGACUGUCUGAAUGUGCAAUACGCAGUUUGAGAUGCCUUAUGUCACUCACUUAGUGCUUUAAAAUCCAUGAUGUGCUGCAUUGAACUCAAAUAAAGCCUUGAAGCCUUGUC